AUGGCAACCAGAACUCAAUUUGAAAACUCGAACGAAGUGGGAGUUUUCUCCAAGCUGACGAAUUCCUACUGUCUCGUUGCAGUUGGUGGUUCCGAGAACUUCUACUCUGCUUUCGAAGCCGAAUUAGGUGAUGUUAUCCCAACUAUUCAUACAACCAUUGCUGGUACCCGUAUCAUUGGCCGUAUGACGGCUGGAAACCGUCGUGGCCUCUUGGUGCCUACCCAGACCACAGACCAAGAACUUAUGCAUUUGAGAAACAGUUUGCCAGACAGUGUCAAGAUACAGAGAGUGGAGGAGAGGCUGUCAGCUCUCGGAAACGUGAUUUGCUGUAACGAUUACGUCGCACUGGUGCACCCAGAUAUCGAGAGAGAGACCGAGGAGUUGAUCGCAGACGUUUUGGGCGUUGAAGUGUUCAGACAGACUAUCGCAGGAAACGUCUUGGUGGGCUCGUACUGUUCCAUCUCCAACCAGGGUGGUUUGGUUCACGCGCAGACUUCUGUGCAAGAUCAAGAAGAGUUGUCCUCUUUGCUGCAGAUACCUUUGGUUGCCGGUACCGUUAACCGUGGUUCUUCCGUGGUUGGUGCUGGUAUGGUGGUCAACGACUGGCUUGCUGUGAGUGGUCUUGACACCACUGCACCAGAGCUCUCUGUUAUUGAGAGUAUCUUCCGUCUUCAAGAUGCCCAGCCUGAGGCAAUCACCGGCAACUUGCGUGACACUCUGAUCGAAACUUACUAUUAG